UAGAUUGUGUUUUAUUAACGUCUGCAUCUACCCCAACCCUAAACUCACACCCCCUUGUGAGGUCACAAUUGUAAUGUCUUGCAAAAUUCUUGCAGUCAGAUUUGUAAGUGUGUGAUCAUGUUUUACUUUUUCCGUUGCUGAAAUGUUAAGUAAUAUGCACAUGCCAAAGUGGACAACUUCUAAAAUUCCUUAAGCCUACUGACACUUACUUUACCAUAUGAAUAUCACAGUUAGAGUGACAUACACGUGACAUCAGAAAACUUUCCCAAGGAGCUACUGAAUUGUGCAAUUCCUCUGACUCACCCAGGGCGCUUUAAAAGAGCUGCGAGUUCCACAGUGUGGACAGAAUUCACCAAGAGAUCUGAACGCCUCAGACAUUAGCAUCCAAACUCUUGAUUUGCUUUUAGUUUUUAUUAGUUUCCAUUUGUAAAUCUAAGGUAUACUUUGGCAGAAUGCACUGCAAAAUCAUUUUAGUCUCUGUUAUUGUUUUCCUUGGAUUCCUGAGCAUUGGUGAAGGAAUGAGUCUUAGAGGUCUGGGUGUAGAUCCACGCUGUCGCUGCAUUGAAACAGAGAGCCGUCGCAUUGGAAAACUCAUAGAGAGUGUGGAGCUCUUCCCUCCAAGCCCACACUGUAAAGACACAGAGAUCAUUGCCACUCUGAAGGGAUCUGGGAAAGAGAUCUGUCUGGACCCUACUGCACCCUGGGUUAAGAAGGUCAUUGAGAAAAUCAUUGCCAACAAAGCACCAUGAAUGUCCAGGUCAUCUGUGAAGCUGAGCCUGAUAGGCUGAUGGCCAGUAUUAUGCUGAUUGGCUGUGUUUAAAACAGUUUGUACAAUGUUGAGUGUUGUUCACAUAAGUAUUGUAUUUAUAUUUACGUAUUUAUUUAUUAUAUGUUUUAAAUAAAAAGCUUUUGUACUAAUUUUCA